CUUUCUUUCAACGUGGACGAGCACCGCUCCAUCACCACGACAGGUUCUCGCGCAGGCGGGCCAUCGCCAAUAUGAAGUUCUUCAUUGAUGAGCUUCCCGUGCUCUUCCCGUAUCCGCGGGUCUAUCCAGAGCAGUAUGCAUACAUGUGUGACCUCAAGCGCACGCUGGACGCUGGCGGCCACUGCGUCCUCGAGAUGCCUUCAGGCACAGGUAAAACUGUGUCGCUGCUCUCUCUCAUUGUAGCCUACCAGCAGUUUCAUCCUGAAAACCGGAAACUGAUAUACUGCUCGCGUACCAUGUCCGAAAUUGAAAAGGCCUUGGCAGAGCUGAAGGCACUAAUGAAGUACCGCACACAGGAGCUGGGCUACGAAGAAGAGUUCAGAGGCCUAGGGCUCACGAGUCGAAAAAACUUGUGCCUCCACCCGUCUGUAAAACGCGAGAAGAGCGGCUCUGUUGUCGAUGCGCGAUGCCGAAGCUUGACUGCCGGCUUCGUCAAAGAGAAGAAAGAGCGGGGUGAGGAUGUCGAGCUAUGUGUUUAUCACGACAAUCUCGAUCUAUUAGAACCUCACAAUCUCAUACCGCCUGGGGUCUGGACUUUUGACGGCUUGCUCAAAUACGGCGAGCAGCAAAAGCAAUGCCCCUACUUCACCUCACGGCGAAUGAUGUCCUACUGCAAUGUCAUUAUCUAUUCCUAUCACUAUCUGCUCGACCCCAAGAUUGCAGAGCGCGUGUCGAAAGAACUGUCCAAGGACUGUAUAGUGGUUUUUGACGAAGCCCACAACAUCGACAACGUGUGCAUAGAAUCUCUCAGCAUCGAUCUGACCGAGGAGUCUCUGCGAAAAGCUACUCGUGGUGUCGAUAACCUGGAUCGAAAGAUCAAGCAAAUGAAGGAGUCAGACUCUGAGAAGCUACAAAAUGAAUACGCGAAGCUCGUAGAAGGCCUGCGAGCAGCCGACGAAGCACGAGACGAGAAUGCAUUCAUGGCAAACCCAGCACUACCUGACGAUCUUCUGAAAGAAGCCGUUCCCGGGAACAUAAGGCGAGCGGAACACUUUGUGGCCUUCCUGAAGCGUUUCGUGGAGUACUUGAAAACUCGAAUGAAGGUCUUACACGUCAUAUCAGAGACGCCACCCUCCUUCCUUAGCCAUCUCCGCGACCUGACCUUCAUCGAACGCAAACCCCUUCGCUUCUGCGCCGAACGCCUCACAUCUCUAGUCCGCACGCUCGAACUUACAAACAUCGAAGACUACCAGCCACUACAGGAAGUCGCCACAUUUGCUACCCUUGUCGCUACCUAUGAAACCGGCUUCUUGCUCAUCCUCGAACCCUUUGAAUCUGCCAAGGCAACUGUGGCCAACCCGGUCCUGCACUUUACCUGCCUUGAUGCAGCUAUCGCCAUCAAGCCCGUUUUUGAGCGCUUCUCUUCUGUCAUUGUCACCUCCGGUACCUUGUCGCCGCUAGACAUGUAUCCGCGCAUGCUGAACUUCAACACUGUUGUUCAAGAGUCCUUCACCAUGACCCUAUCUCGAAAAACGUUCCUGCCUAUGAUCGUCGACCGUGGCAGCGACCAAGUCCCAAUAUCUUCAUCUUUCGAACAGCGUUCCGAAAUGACCGUCAUGCGUAACUUUGGCAGCUUGUUGCUUGAAUUCUGCAAGUUAACGCCCGACGGUGUUGUCGUCUUCUUCCCCUCUUAUCUAUAUAUGGAAAGCAUCAUCAGUUCGUGGCAGGGCAUGGGUGUCCUCGACGAUGUUUGGAAGUACAAGCUUAUCCUCGUCGAAACCCCUGAUGCGCAAGAAACAUCCCUGGCACUCGAGACCUUCCGCACGGCAUGCAAUAACGGCCGUGGCGCUGUCCUACUCUGUGUCGCGCGUGGAAAGGUGUCGGAAGGCAUCGAUUUCGACCAUCACUACGGACGCACUGUCAUCAACAUAGGCGUUCCCUAUCAAUACACUGAAUCACGUAUCCUCAAAGCAAGACUGGAGUUCUUGCGAGAAACAUAUCGCAUCAAGGAAAACGACUUCCUCUCCUUCGACGCCAUGCGGCACGCAGCACAGUGUCUGGGUCGCGUCAUCCGUGGAAAAGACGACUACGGCAUCAUGGUGCUCGCGGAUAGGCGGUUCGGCAAGAAGAUCACACAGCUGCCCAAGUGGAUCCAGAUGGGGCUCGACCUGAAGAACACCAAGCUCAGCGUGGACAUGGCUGUCAACAACGCAAAGGCGUUCCUGAAGCAGAUGUCGGUGCCAUACACGCGGGGUGAGGGCGACGGGCACUCGAGUUGGAGCCUGGAAGAUCUGGAGGCGCACCAGGCGAAGAAGAAGCAAGAGGCUAUCAGCGGGACGGAGAACCCGGCUACGCGGGCGUUGGAGGGCCGGGCGGAGAGGGUGGUUGAGGCCGAUGAUGAGUUUGGCGGUGCGGGCAUGGACGACGUUAUGGCCGGGCUGGUCGGGUAGAGGAUGUCCACGUCGUCGUCAGCGAGUGAGUAGGCUCUGUGGAGCGCGGUCGUGCUUUCAGCUGACAGUGGUAUUGCAAUGACUGGGCCUGAGGCUGAUAGCGAUGUUCCUACACCUAUGCAUUAAUGUUACUACUUAGACACGAGGCGUUUGGGUAGCAUCACAGCCGAGACUCGGAGUAUUUCUUGUUCAUACGCGUCUCGUGUAUUGUAGAGUGUAUGUAAAUUGAAUAUGAUCAACAACAUCCGCC